CUAAAGACAGUGAUGAUCUGAGGCUGAUGAGGAUGUCUGCUUGUAAAAUGUGACAGUGCGGUCACGCAACUCUCCCUGAAUACAUCUGCUGUCGCUCCGAAAAAAAGGAGGCGAGGACUGGGCGGCCGGCUGCGCGAUCGCUGCUCACACCAAGUUGGACUAAAAAUGGCAAACUCUCUUCCUCUCGAAACGGUCAUGGCCUGCCCGGGACUAGGCAGCAGGACAGGGGCCACUGCUGCACCGAAGGCCCUGGCUUUCUCCAUCGACAGGAUCAUGUCCAAGACUUCGGAACCAAAGGGCUCGUCGGGCGACCGCCGAGGACUGGACGUCUCCGAGGGCAAAAAGAUGGUCGGCCUGUGUUCUCCUAUACCCUGCAUGAUUCCCAUCCAGCAUUUCGGCUACGACUUGCAAGCCAAGGCGCUGAUGAACUACUCCGAGUUGUGGAAAGCUAAUUUUCGGGGCACACUAUGCACUUCUGCCGGGAUGUGCAAAGCCAACUGCGGGAUGUGUGGCAAAACAGACUCGGGGUUCAAGCACUCCUUGCUCCCGGGGGCCAGAGUGAUCAAACCCCAAGUCAUUCACCAAGCCAUGGCGAUGCCAACCAACGGUUCUUUGUACUAUUUCAAUUAUUUGGACUCUGCAUAUCACCAGUCAGAUUUGCUAAGCGGACAUUUGUUCUCAUCUGCCUUGGCUAAUUCUCAGGCGCAAGCUUCCCUUAGCGCACACCACAAACUUCUGCUGUUGGAGAACGCAAAACUGGCUAGCGCAACUGCGGACAAAUUCCCAACACCGCAGUACCCACAUAAAGAGCACCUACCGGGACAACUGGACCAGAUUGUGAAAGAGAACCACACCUUGUCGUCGGAAAAAAAUGGAGCGAAAGCGCACAAUAAAGCCAAUAAUUGCGCAGCGGACGGGAAACCCAAAAACUUCACUUGCGAAGUAUGCGGAAAGGUGUUUAAUGCCCACUAUAACCUCACGCGUCACAUGCCGGUACACACGGGCGCAAGACCUUUUGUGUGUAAAGUAUGCGGAAAGGGAUUCCGCCAGGCGAGCACACUAUGCAGACACAAAAUCAUCCACACGCAGGAGAAACCACACAAGUGCAACCAGUGCGGGAAAGCGUUCAACAGAAGCUCAACCUUAAACACUCAUGUCCGAAUCCACGCAGGAUACAAACCUUUUAUCUGUGAAUUCUGUGGCAAAGGUUUUCAUCAAAAAGGAAACUACAAAAACCACAAGCUGACGCACAGCGGAGAGAAGCAGUUCAAGUGCUCCAUCUGUAACAAGGCCUUCCACCAAGUCUACAACCUUACUUUCCAUAUGCAUACCCACAACGACAAGAAACCCUUCACCUGCGGCACGUGUGGCAAAGGCUUCUGCCGGAACUUUGACUUGAAAAAGCACAUAAGGAAAUUGCACGAUAAUACGAUAAUUGCGGGAAAUGAUUCUUCCAGAGGACUCCCAAGCUGAGGCCAAUUCAAGGCCGCAGAUGGACUGAUGAACAGAUAUAUUUCUUUCAAUUUGUUGUAAAUAGACAAUUCAUCUCAUACAAUUACACAAAAUAUCCUACACUGCUGUAAUAUG